AUUCACAAUUUUCCACACCAUGUCCAGCUCACAAUUUUCACAACAUCAUUCUCUUGAGGGAAACAACAGUCUCCGUUCUGCCGACUAUACCUCCACCACUGGAAACUUUAAUCAAGGCAUCAUUGAUGGGAGACCAGAGGGUCGCCAACCAGAGCCUUCUGCAGUGACGGUAGACGAGUAUGUCGACAAGGACGCAUCUGCCACAAACUCCUCGCCCGACCAUCCUCCCGUCCCGACCGCGUCCAGCACACUCACCGGUGCCACCUCUGCCGACGUCAACCAGGGGUAUGGACACCCCGGCCAAGGCAUGUCGAGCAAGGAGAUGAGACAUGAUGGUCAGCCUGGCCGGAAGCGACACGGGCAAGGAGUUGAACAGUUUGGAGAGGGGAUGGCGGGUGAGCAAGGUCGGGGGAGUGGAGCGGUUAGGAUCGAUGGAGCUAGCGAGAGACGGUUUGUUGCGGGACGGAACGAGCUCGAUGAAGAGCAGUGAAGGGAGUGGUGACGGAUUUAGGUAGAACGAUCAGAAGUGUCUGAGGAAGAUAGUAGACAUCUUGCGACCCAUCUGUAUCAUAGCAUUUGUUAAAGGUCACCAUGAUCAUCGUUUUCGGUGUU